AUGUCCUACGACCAGCUAUCAUCGCUCGAAGCUGGCCGAUCGAGCCGCCAGGGCAACUACUCUGAUGAUCCCGAAUUCAAGCAACUUCAGUCCCAGUUGACCAACAAGAUCUUCAACCUGCGGCGCAAUAUUCAGCAGCUCACCACCGAUGUCAACAUUCUCGGAACGAAGCGCGACACCCCCCGCGUCAGGGAGCGAGUCCACGACCACCUCGAGAAGACUCGGGACCUGUGCAAGGAGAUUGGAGAUGGAGUCAAGAAGCUUCAGACCUGGGACGAUCUGACGAAACAACAAAAGUACGAGCAGUCCAGAAUAUCGACGGACUUCCAGAACGUCCUCCAAGAAUUCCAAGAUAUCCAGAGAAAGGCCCUUGAGAAACAGCGGGCGUCUGUCACAGCCGCGCGCGCGGCAACCGAAGGCGAGGCUGCAGACGCUUCGGCCGGGUCCGGGGAACGCCUCGAGUUACAGCAGCAGCAGGAGGUCAGCCGUCUUGCGUCGCAGGAUGAGGUGGACUUCCAGGAGGCGCUCAUCAUCGAGCGCGAGGAGGAGAUCCGGAACAUCGAACAGGGCGUUGGUGAUCUGAACGUGUUGUUCAGACAGGUCGCGCAGAUUGUGACAGAGCAAGGGGAGCAGCUUACGUCGAUCGCAGACAAUGUAGAAGACGUGCGCGACGAUACCCGCGGCGCCCAGGUUGAGCUUCGCCAGGCAGCAAGGCAUCAAAAGGCAGCCCGAAACAAGGGGUGCUGUCUGAUGUUGAUCCUCGCAGUCAUUCUCACCAUUGUCAUCCUCGCGAUUGUCUUGGACUAG